AUGGAUAAAGAAAAUUUUCGUUUUUACAUUAAAGUGCGUACUGCACUUAAUAUUCAAGCAAUAGCUAUUCACGACGAGCUACGUACUGUUUUUGGUGAUGAUGCUCCUUCAUUUCUAACAGUUGCAAGAUGGGCUCAAUGUUUUCAUGAAGAUCGAGAAGAUAUUCAAGAUGAAGAGCGAUCUGGUAGAUCUGUUGCCGAGAUCAUUCCUGAAAAUAUUGAACAAGUUCGUAACAUUGUCGUCGAUGAUCCUUAUGUUACAACAGAAGAACUACAAGGACAAACUGGUCUAAGUUACGGCACCGUUCAUAGAAUAUUAUCCGAUCAUCUGAAACUUAGAAAAGUUACUGCUCGUUACGUACCGAAACAACUCACAGAUUCUCAACGGAGUGAACGAGUUCAAAUAUGCAAAGAAAAUCUAUCAAGAUUUGAAGAUGGAAGCUGGCGAUUAUGUGACGUAGUAACAGGUGAUGAAUCGUGGUUUUUUCAUCAGCAAACUGGUCAAAAAGCUUCAAAUGCUGCUUGGGUGACAAAAGAAGAUCCUCCGCCUACAAUAGUGCGACGAGAUAAGUUUGCUCCGAAAACUUUAUUUCGUAUUUUCUUUAAAUCAACAGGUCCCAUUCUAAUCCAUCGUGUUGAACGUGGGCAAACUGUCGACCAUCAAUAUUACAUCGAAAAUUGUUUGCAACCUGUUAUCGAAGAAGUCACGAAGCGAAGACCUCUAUCUGGUACUCUUGCAAUAAAAAUUCAUUACGAUAAUGGAACAUCACAUGCUCAUCAAGCUGUUUUCGAUUACCUUCGAUCAGAAAGAGUUACCAUAGUACCACAUCUACCCAACUCUCCAGAUCUGUCAUCCUGUGACUUUUGGUUAUUCGAUUUGAUCAAACGUAAUCUAAGUGAUCAAGCUGAUUCUAACUCGUUACAUCAUGCUAUAAUCGAAUUCCUGUAUUCUUUGGAUAAAGUAGAGUUUAAAAAAAAUUUCAUAAAUGGAUUCAACGAAUGCAAUUGUGUGUAG